CAGUAUUAAUUAGCGCACAGUAAAGAGACACUAUCUUAUAUAAAGAUUUCAACUUUUGUAUUGAUGCAUCCAAAAGAUGUAAACUCGGAAAGCGCACUACUUCUGCUCUGAAACAAUAUGCACCAAACUAUAGUAAACCGCCAGCCUUUACUCAGCAAAAAAGCUCACUACGUUUCUGCGUCAAAUCAGAAGUGUCCACUUAAGCUCAAUGUCAUUUGGCCAACACUUUCGCUGGGCCAGAAGCAACAAGAAAAGUGGGUCUAGUGGCGCUAUUGUUUUUGGCCUGCUGUUCGGCACAAUGGAAAACCCAUAUAUAUAUAUACAAAGGCGUAGAUAUCUAUAUUUGAAAAUCUGGACAGCAACUGGAAAAGGCAACGGCAGAGAAAAAAGCAAAGGGCCCAAAAGCGGUUUAGUUGCAAAACGUUGCUCGAGACUCGGAGAUGGCACUGCAAUUGCAAAUCGAGAAGCUUAAGGGUUUGGACAACUACAAAGCCUGGUCGAUGACGGUGCGGGCGUAUCUGGAGUCCGAGGAACUCUGGACCGUCGUCGAAAAUGGUCCCGAGAACAACGAGGAGUCACUGCUGAAGGACAAGCGUGCCAAGUUCUUGAUCCUCUGCCUCAUCGAGACCAAGUUGUGCCAAUUCAUGGUCAGUAUCCGCACAGCCAGGGAUCUGUGGAACUAUUUGCGAACCCAACACUCGUUGCGCUAAAAUCAAAUAUAUCAUUUCAGUCCAUUGUAUUACAAGUAUAUAUGAAUAUGAUUUACAGAAAUUAUGCUCUAA